UCGUAAUAAAAUUGGCGAUUGGUGGCAAACACUUGCAAAUAAUCCUAAUGACUGGGAGGUUAUAUCUUCAGAGAAUUGGAUGGCAAUACCUAAUAUUGUUUUUAAGGGGGAAAAUUUAUUACAAGGUCAAGAUACAGUAGUUGUUAAAUUCCCUGAGCCACUUGUCGAUAACGAUUAUCAUAUUGUUGGAAAUGUUGUUAGGAAAAAUGAAGAUUGCUGGGACAAUAUUCCAGAAGUAACAGUUAGAUUUGAUUACGUUGAUGAAA